AUGCCGCUCUUCUUUUUCGUAUUUCUACUUUAUUAUUUGUUUGGUCAGUGGUCCUUUUCAAGUUUUUAAUAAUAUCGAAAAGAAAUUCCUGCGCCAACACUUUUUUUCUGAUUUUUGUAGUCAAAGACAAUGAAGAAUGAUUUUUGGUCGAGGCACAAAUGAGAAAUUAUCGGUUUUUCGUGGCGAAUUUUGCGAAAAACACGAAACUCGCUUUUAAAACUUGAAUUUCGCGUCAAACUGCCCUCUUUUUGGCGGGCGCACUAUUCUAAGCUCUGUAACGGUCUCCCAGGGCGCUAAUGCUAAACAGAAAUUGCGGAGUACAUUUGCAGUUCGAAAAAUUCAGUUCAUCAAGUCCAAUUCGAGUUUACGACCUUUAUUCCUCUCUUUUUGACUUGAAAAACGUCUAGAAAACGCGAGUUCCCGUUGAAAAUUAAUUAAUCGGCCACCGCGUAAAUCGACACAGCCCGCCUGUUGCAAGUGCGCCCCAUUGAAAUCAGUCGCCCCCGAGGGAGACCGUGCGCCAUUCAAUCAAAUCAAUGUCACUGAUUAAAAUACAAAAUGCUUCAAUUUCAGAACCGAUUGAGACCUACGACAGUUGCCUUCAUUAUCGAUCGAUUUGUUUGCGAAACGACACGUGUCAGCAACAUUUACAGCACUUUCAGUCCAGUUGUGGAUAUGAUUUGAAUGGUGAGUAGUUUUUACUUGGAACAUAACAUUUCUAAAUGUAUAAUGUUUGCAGUGUGCUCGGGUACGUCUCCGUCAGAUUGUGUCUUUCAUCUGCAACGGAUACGAGACACAUUUCCCACAAAAACAUGCACUUGUUAUGAGGCCAUCGGUAGGUUAAGAAAAAUUUAAAAAAAAACCAGAGUAAUCGUUCAGGAUUCUCGGAAGAAUGCGAUUUUUUCCGUCAAUUCGUCUGGAAUCAUCCGUGCGAGCGAAAAAUGAGGGACGUGGGCGAGGAGAUGAAGUUGAACAAUCGGUACGUUUUCUUUCCUUUUUGAAUUAGAACAAGAGGGCAAUGUCGAAUUUUCAGAAAACUUCUCCAAAUCGAAUCCAAUCGAUAUGCGCACGAGAAUGGGCAGAAAAGGACGACGAGAACGCCGGCGGCGGAUCAGGUUCAGCAGUGGAAGUCGCAAUUAAGCGGAGGUAAGCGCGCUCCACCGCACAAAGCGAUUCAAACAAAUUUCGUGUUUUUCGCAAGAUUCGGCACGAUAAAUCAAUAAUUUCUCAUUCGUGCUUCUAAAAAACAGUUAAAUAGGUCAAAGCAAACUUUUUAAGCGCAAGAGCGUCAAAUUUGGUCAGUUCGUAAUUGACGUUUCUUCCGCUUAAAGUUUUCGGCUAAAACUACUUCAUUUACGUAAUUGAUCAUUUUCAAAUCAAAUUUUGUCCGAAAACGGUCAAAAAUGCGCGGAAAAUGUAAAAAAAAAAUUUCAAAACUUUGCAGAGUUGACAAAAGAGACGAUCCAGCAGAAGACGUGCGAUGCGGCACUUUACCAGGUGUGUCUGAAGCAUGUCUCGUGCGCCCAACUGUGGGGAAUGUUCCGCAAGAACUGCGACGUGGACCAGGACAAUCUGUGCCGGAUGGCGGAUCGGAACGUCUGCUGGCAGUCCUUCGAGGGCCUCACGUGGUCCGGACUCGGCGACUGCCACUGCUCUCGCAGCAACUCCUCCGACUGCCACUGGAUUCGUCUGCACACCAACUACAACAAGUGCAUUUGUACGUUUUCUUGCACAUUUCACAUUCAAUUUGUCUUGCUUUUUCCAGACGAGAUCUCAAAAUCCGGUCAAUUUCCGAUUUUGAUGAGUUUGGCACAGAAGAAUCGCGAAGAAAAUCAGCAGAGAACGGCCGAGGAGUACCGGAAACGAUACGAGAACCGGGAAACAGUUGGUGAGCGAAAAUAUGCUCAAAUUGUGCUCUAAAACAUUUUUUCAAAAACGUAUCAUAUUUUCGCCAUAUUCUCCAGAUGAUUUCCGUCAUUUUAAGAGCUCGUGGGAGUCUGUAGCAUUUUUUCGAAAAAAGUUAUGUUUUUUUCAAAUUUUUCAUUUUUCAGAAGUAUCCCAACCUCAACCCCAACCAACGGGACCACCUCGAGUACCGUAUGUCCUACAUACCGUACCACCCACUACCACAUCAACUUCAACUUCAAGUUCCACCACCACCACGACCACCUCAACCACCACAACUACUCGUGAACCAACGGGACCGCCCGCAACAACGGUCCCCGCGUGGUGGCAAUCCGACCAAAUGCCACGUCAUCGAGACACUUCGCGACGCGACGAAUACUCGGUCCAAAUGGUCCGAAACGAGAAAUCGAAUUCGAAUUCCUUCAAAUUGAAGGCCGUCAUAGACCCGCCCACACAAAUCUCGGAUCCGGGACCGCAAAAAGAGUCGGCGCCGAAAUUUCAGCCCCGCAAAUCUAGUGCAAGUCAGUUUUUCCUCUUGUUUUUUGUGAAAAUGCGGAACAAACGCCCCGAGGCGCAUCGUUUCAAGCGUACUUGAGAGGAGUGCGUGAAAUUGGAAAUUGUAGGAUUCGCGAAAUUGCGCGGAGAGCUUAAAAAUCGUGCUCAGAACGUCGAGAGACUCGCGGAGCCCGAGCGCGGAGCACAUUUUGGAGCAUUUUUAAAAUUUUUCCAAAUCUAGACGUUAUGGGUUUCAGUGCUCCUCAAAUUUCGAGCUUUCGAUUCCAAAUGGAUCCUCUCAACUUCAGGAACCCGGCAAACUUGCUCAUUUCGUCGAGAAGCGCCCCAUAUUUCACGCGGGCGGCUCAAAAACAAACGAGUUUUUCGUUUUCCGGCGGCAAAAACGGGUCAAAAGUGUUGGUCGCUUUGCGGUCGAACAUAAUCCUGUAUGAAUGGCGAAAAACAAAAACGAAGGAGGUGUCUUUUCACUUUUUCACCCACACACACACAAGAAAAUUUCCUGCUCGUGUGUCCUUGUUUCCCGGCCGUUGAUUUCCGGCAGAAAAGCGGCGAGGAAGAGGCACUUUUUCUCGCCUUUUCGCCGUUUCUCUUCCUCCUCCUGCUGCUCCCCGCAUGUAUGUGAGUGUGUGCUCCCCCGAAAAUAGGCUCCGCCCACUUUUUCUACCUUCUUCUCCUGCUCCGCUCUUCUGGAGCAGAAGAAGAAGAAGAAGAAGAGCACACAUAUACACACACACACACACACUUUCACUCACAAAGUCUUUUUUCGGAGAAAUGUGAGAAGAGAUGAUGAUAGUCGCCCUCAUUUUAUCGUUGAAUCUGAUGACCGUUCCCGUGAUUGCCGGUUUUUCCGGCGACGAUUAUGGUAGGUUCGAUUUUUUGCGCAUUUUUGAAUUCUACACGUGAUUAGGAUGAAUUUGAUACCCGACACUUUGUGUUUUUUCGUUGUAGCGCUCCGUGAGCCCCCAACUCAAAAUUACUCAAUUUCACGUGUCGAUUUGAUUUCUCCAUGCAAUUCCAAGUGAUUUGACACCCUUAACGCCUAGAUUUGAAAAACGUUAAAAAGCUCCGCGAGCUCUGGAGCCCAAAAACUUUGAGAGAAACAUUAGACAAUGCGGGGCUUCCAGGAUCCUCGUGUCCGGAUGCGAUUCGUCGUUGCGAAUCAGUGGACGAAUGUCGUUGGCACCUCGGCGAGUUGCGCGUUCGAUGCUCCACGGCGGCCAGUUGUCGGCGAGAGGAAUGUGCGGCGGUAAAUUGGUUUUUUUUUUGCAAAAAAACUUCCAACAUCUCCCAGUUUCGUGUUUCAGAGCCUCCAAAGAUUCUCGACGUACGUUCCAUUCGCCCUCGUCGAAUCCAUCAUGUUUUGCCAUUGCGCGCCCGAAGACGAGGCGUGUUUGACGCAGCAGGUUUGUCGGAAACCAUUCGAAAAUGGUCUAGAAAUGUUCAGGAGAGUUCUAUACUUUUUUGUCAUGAAACUAGAUCAAUAUGGGUGUCAAAACUUUUGUUCCCCCCUCGUUUUUCAUCAUAACAUCCGCCGAGUGCACGCGAAUUUUACACAGCUCUUUUUGCGAACAUAUAAAAAUGGUUGGCACUGGCGGCGGCGCCCGUAAAAUUUGCCAAUAAAACCGGAACGAGCAAAUGGGAAAGGCCGUUUUUUUCCCCCUCAAUUUUCUCGAAAAAACGCGGUAAGAUGAGGAGGAAAACGGGUGAAAAUUGAUGAAAAUUCCCAAUUAGCAGCAACUUUGUCGAAACUCGUUUCCUCGUACUUUUUCGUCAAAAGUGCCUCGCCGACUAAUUGGCCAAAUAAUUGGCACGAAAGCGAAAAAUGAGCAAAAAUUCAGUUGUCCCGCAAAAAAGUAGGAAAACGAGAAGUUUUUACCCGCUUUUUUUCCACAACUUUUUCAUCAGCGCUCUGAAAAAAACGCAAUUUUUCGCUCUCUCUCUCUCAAGAGAAAAAAAGCAAUUUCGGCGGGAAAACUCGGGCGAAAAAAGCGGAAAGAUGGGUGCCCGAAAAGGGUAUAAAACCUGAGGGACCGCGAAAAAGAUCAUUUGUCAUUCUUACGCAAGCGACGCAGCACGGAAAAACGAGAAAAGAGGCAGAUUAGCUAGAGUGCCAUUUUAUUGUCCGCCAUGUGCCAGAAUCAUCGGCGAGAGAGCUUUUCGGUCAAAUCAACGGAAUAUUGUGAAUCUCCAGGUCGAGACGAUCGUUUUGACACCCAUAUUGACCCGAUUUGCGAAUUUCAUCAUUUUGAGCUCCGCGAGCACAAAAUCAACAUCUGUAGCUAAUUUGUGCAUUGUGCGGCUCGAAACGUUGCGAAUUUCGAGGAGAUUUUGAAAAUUCACGAAGAAAAUUUUUUUGGGGCUCCGCGAGCACCGAAACUUUUCCGACCGAACCCUGACAUGACCAAUCAACAAUUUUUUUGCAGGAAAUGAUCUAUCCGAAGUGCCUUUACAAGUCGAGCGGUUUCAUGCAAACGUGUACGCAGGCGGUUCAGAAAUGCGACUCGGAUACUCGUUGCCGACAUAUUCGACAGGCCCUGACGGCUCAUUGUCCGGUCCGAAACGGCGAGUGUGCCCGCAACUCGUUGGACGAUUGUAGAAGGACCAUUUUGUCGGCCAGGUACCGUAUAUUAUCCAACUUUUUGACACAAAAAAGUCAUUUUUCAGAGCCUCAAUCCUAGAGCAACCAUGUUUCUGCAAAUUGUCCGAUGUGCAAUGUUUGGCCCAUCAAAACUCGAUGAUUCCGACGAAUCCGUGCAUCGAAAGCGCCAUGAUCGAGUAUUCUCGGAUAAUGGGCUACAAUAAGCCGGGUCUCACCACGAACCGAGUUGUUGAGGAGGAAGAGCCGAUGCGGAGGGCUCCUAGCACGGUAACACCUCGAUUUUCGUAAUCUCCAGCCAAUUUCCAGUCGUUUGACACCCAUAUUGCCCUAUUUUUCCUAUAAGUUUCUAGAAGUCACAGAGCACACUUGCUUGUGCUCCGCGAGCCGGUACCAAAAAUUUUAAAAAAAUUAUAAAAACCCACACAAUAUGGGUAUCAAAGCUUUGGAAAUUGGCUGAAAAGUGCAAAAAUCGAUACGAGAACAGACGAAUUUCAGCGGACACGUCGAGAAGUUGAACAGGUGCAGUUUGAGGGUUGCCACCCCCCGAGUGUUGAAAUUUGUCCCGUCUUUUCUUAGUUUCUGACCUCUCAUGCUUUUGAGUCAAAAUCGGCUGAAAAUCAGUUUUCCACCUUUACAAAAAUCUGGAAAAAAUCUGAAAAUGUUUGCAGAUAAUCUAUGAGCCGACAGUUCAAACGACAAUGGCGGCGAUCUAUCAGGAACCGCCAAAACCGUCCCCAAGAUCCGCGGUCCCAACGAACAAUUCGAGUCGGCCGGGAAAACGAAUGAGAACGAGCACAACACGGGCGCCACGGACUACGCUAGCGCCGCCCACAACUACACGAGCCCCGACGCCCACGCAAACAUCGAAAAAGUCGAGUUUUUUGGAUCUUUUCGGAAUUUUUGGCAAAAAAGAGACGAAGAACGACAAAAACGAGGAGGGAGCGGUGGAUAAAAUGGAAGUGGCCCCAGUGACGGAGCCCCAGGAUUUGAUGAUCAAGAAAAGUCCCGACGGGCUCGGAUCGAAUGGGAAAAAGCCGAAAUUCCGGACGACGGUCUCUCCGCCAGCGGUGUCGGAAGCGCCGCCGCCUUGGGUCUCGACGACGAGUACGGUUGCCACGUCGACUACCGUAUUCACCACUCACGCACCGCCUCCGCAAGAGGGAUGCAGCACCAAAGACGCGAAUGGACGCGAGAUUUUCACGCACAUUGGCGCCAUUAUGAGGGUUUGUUUGAGAUAUUUGAAUUUGAGAUUUUGUGAAAGAAGUAGAGUGUUUCUAGAGUUCUAGUCUGCUCUUCCAAGAUUCUGUAUCAAUUUAUUUGCAGAAGUACGUCGACUGGUCGGGCCGAUGUUCGACGUGGUGUGAAUGCGAAUCGGAGGACCAUCUCUCGUGCGAGCCGGUCCCGUGUCUGGAGCACGGCACGUGCGAUGCACCAUUGACUACCAUAGGUACGAAGAAAUUGUUCAUCGAUAAAACCCAGUCGAUAUUCUUGCAGAAUUCGGCGAGCGAGUGUUCCUGAAGGACCGUGGCGCGUGCUACUGCGAGACGGGCAACUUUGUGUGCGAGUACCCGUCGGACCCGCCGGAGACGUAUCCGGGACUCUACAUCUCUGUCGGCUACUCCCUUAAGGACGUGGAACUCAUCCGGAAGGCCGUGCCUCGCGAGAUCCUCGACAAGGCCGGCUUCUCGUCUUCCGACGCCUCCAAUGACAUCGCGUCCCGCAUGCAGAUCGCCUUCGAGCGCCUCCUUCCCCAGGCCCUCCAGUGUCGAAUCGUCACGAUGCACGAGCUCAGCGAACCCGGAAACGCGCUCUAUAAAAUCGAGUGGUACGGACGGAACGAGCUGUUGAACCACACGCGCACACAGUGGCAUUCUGACGGCGCCGAAAAGGUUGGCCACGAAUUGAAAUAACCUUUGGGUCUAUUGACCCACCGGCAACGAUCCGAUCGGAUCCAAACUUUGCAGACUCCUUGAACUUGGAUUGGAGUGUAUUGGGUCCAAGUUUCAGACCCAUCGGAUCAUCCGGUCCAGGGGUAUACAGGCUUCAGGCCGAAAAACGUUAACUUCUCGGCCUCAAACCAGUGCGCGACCAGAUAAUCGGAUCGUUGCGAAACUUGAACCCAAAACAUUUCAAAUUUUUUGUUUUUUUGCAGAUCUGCUCUCCGUACGUCCGAAAAUUGGCCGAUCACUUUGCCCUCAACGAAUCGCCUCGUUUUCAGCUCGUUCUGUCCACUGUUAAACAAGUCAAAGUGGGUGAACACUUUAAAAUCCCAAAAAAAGUGCGAUGAUUGCAGGUUCUCGACUACCUCGACGGUUUACCAAUGUCUUUUGCGGUUACGGGUCUCAACUGCCAAUCUAUCGCUCUUUUCCUCAUCACGCUCAUUCUUAUCACUUUCCGAUAA